GGGAGGAGACCAGAGUCCCCAGGUGGAGAAGUCUGUGUCCAUAGUUUCAGCUUGAAGCAGCCUGUGACUACAAAUUAGCAUUUCAGAUGGCAGGGACAGCACGCCACGACCGCGAGAUGGCAAUCCAAUCCAAGAAAAAGCUCUCCACAGCUACUGAUCCCAUUGAAAGACUGCGACUGCAAUGCCUGGCCAGGGGCUCUGCAGGCAUCAAAGGACUGGGCAGAGUGUUUCGGAUUAUGGAUGACAAUAACAACCGAACCCUUGAUUUCAAAGAAUUUUUGAAAGGGUUAAAUGAUUAUGCUGUGGUCAUGGAAAAAGAGGAGGCAGAAGAACUUUUCCGGAGAUUUGACAGAGACGGGAACGGAACAAUAGACUUCAAUGAAUUUCUUCUCACGUUAAGACCCCCAAUGUCCAGAGCCAGAAAAGAGGUCAUUAUGCAAGCUUUUAGGAAAUUAGACAAAACUGGAGAUGGGAUUAUAACCAUUGAAGACCUUCGUGAAGUUUAUAAUGCUAAACACCAUCCAAAGUACCAAAAUGGGGAAUGGACGGAGGAGCAAGUCUUCAGGAAAUUUCUGGAUAACUUUGACUCACCCUAUGACAAAGAUGGAUUGGUGACCCCAGAGGAGUUCAUGAACUACUACGCAGGCGUGAGUGCGUCCAUUGAUACCGAUGUGUACUUCGUCAUUAUGAUGACGACUGCCUGGAAGCUGUAAAUGCCUGUCCCUGGGAUCCAGGCCACGGAGACAGUCCCGUGACCUCAGACGACUGAGCCUCCACCCCAAAACUCAGGAUGAUAUUUUAUUUACCAUUUAUUGCACAGCUUCUUCUUUGCCAAGACACUGUAUUUUCCAGGGCUGGCAAAAGGGUAGAAAUAAAGUCACUAAGUAAUUAACUAUGGGCUUGCCUCCUUUGAAA